AUGCUUUCUUUCGCCAGAUUAUAUCUGCGUCCGCGCACAAUUCACCCCAAGGCGUUCAUGACUGACUUCAACGCUGAGGCGACAGCCCUGCGGGCGAACCUGAACUCGCUGCAGAAGAAGCUUCAAAAGCCUGUUGUUUUGCAGGAUUUGGAUGCGAGCAUUUCUCUUCCGAUGAGUGAUCAAGUUGUGAGGGCGCGGGCAUUGUGGAACUCCUCCGUGGUGGCGCGGAGCAACAAGCACGCUCGGCGCUCACAGGGUGUUUGUGUUGUGGGUGGUGCGAAAGCGAUCCGCCGCAUCUGGCGGGAUUACGGCAUUCAGCCAAACGUAGUCUAUGUGCCCAACACAGAGCCUGCGGUGUUGCCCUGGUGUCUGGAAGAGAGCUUGCCGUCCUUCAUUGUUCGUUGUCCUCCUGUGGAGGUAAAGAAGCACCUGCUCAGUGCUGAAUACAGUGACGGAUAUGCGGCGGAGUUCCCGUGGUAUCCCUCGCAGCUAAGUCCUGCAGUCGCACUUUUCGCCUCAGACGACACGGCUGGUGAGGGCUUUACAGCGACGGAGCGUAGCACCACUGCGUCAAUGCCGUGUGAUGAAAGAGGCACCAAGCUUAUCCGCUCUAUGCUCGUGCUCGUGGGGCUGCGGAUUCCCAGUAACGUUGGCAUGCUCUUGCGUGCCGCGGUGGAUCUCAGCUAUGACAGCGUGCUUCUAGUUAACUGCGUCGACCCAUUCCAGGAAAAGGUCGUCCGCGCGAGCGAGGGCGCAGCCUAUUCACCCCGUCUGCAACUCUUCGAAAUGGCUGACACCACUUCAUGUGUUUCGUUCUUGAAUAAUAUCGCUCUGCAACACCACCUUUUACCCCUCCUUGCGGUGCCUUCACAAGAGGUACAACAAGCGUUUGACGUUGCUAAACAGUUUCACACACACAAUGCUCGACAGAGGCAGCGUGCGCGUGAUGGCACUGCGGCGUCAUCCACCCCAGCGGGUACUAUAGGGCCCAUGUUGAUCCUUGGCUCCGAGUCUGAGGGCCUACGUGGGCUGGACAAUGGUGUGUGGACUUCGCCAUACCAGUUGCUGACACUUCCGCUUCCCAACGCCAUCGUUGACUCUCACAACGUGACCGUUUCCGGUUCAAUUCUUCUCAAUCUAUUUAGACCAGACGCGGAGGCUCAUUUUAUGGAGUGUGCAACCAUAACCGGGGAGUGCCUCGCGAAUGAAGGAGAGGACAUCCCUUUGUGGGCAAAGUCCAGGGAAGUACCUCAAUUAUCGUAG